ACCAGCUCCAGAAGGUGAACAGUAUGGUUCAAAUAAACUCCUCGUCUAUCCAACCAACGGAUUCGAUACAGUCUCCUAACAAGGACCUCGAUGCAGAUCCUAACCUUCAGGUCGAAUCGCUAAGUGAAGGCAAAAUUGGGUCAUUUGAAAAUAACCAGGUCCCUGAAUGUGAAACAAUUUCCCCUGACCAAGGCCAGGAACAUACCAGUGGCUCAGUUGAUACUUUAAGUGAACAAAACUCUGCUGGAGCAGUGAGAAGUCCCGUUGUUCAUGUGGAAAGCGGACAUACUCCUCUUAAUUUCUCUGGUGAUCGAGUAGAAAUAGAAAUGAAAAAUGGCGUAGGACUAUCUACCGUACAUGACAUGGAAAUUGGUACUAAACCAGAAGAAAGCGAAAGAAAUGUCCGAAUGAAUUUGAGAGAAGGUGGAAAUGGGUAUCAGGAAACUGGAAACCAACGAUUGAAAAGUAAAGGAAAACUGUGUAAAGAAGAGCAUCGAAACACAGACGAAAGUGAGGAUGAAAGCACCACAGCACAAAGACCUUUAUUACAAGAGCGUAUUUUAACCCUAAAACAAGUUGCACCAGAAGCUGGCGUUACCGUGGUCUUCUAUGUUCUGCUCGCAUCAAAUUUUAAAAUGACUGAUGAGAGACUCUUUAUACGAGCAGCUGGGAAUGAUUUGGGUGACUUUCAAGAGAACUGUGUCGACAUGUUUCUAGUGGACAUCUUCUGGAGCAAGGACAGAGAAAGACUUAUGCUUUUUCGCGGGGAGUUCACUUUAUCUCUCGAUCGAACUCGUAGAGGCGUUUCCUACAAAUACGUGGUGGUCAAAAAGGGAAAUCUUCAUUGGGAACAAUUACCAGAAUUUUCCUACUAUGGUAGUAUUGUCAACAGGGUCGUACUAAUUCCUGAAAACUGUAUUGAACCAGGCGUAACGUGGGAACAAGUUGACGGAGUAGCAUACGUUUACGGAGACAAGAGCAUGUUUUCCAAAGUAGUAGAUUAUUUAUCCGGAAAGGAUAACACAGCUGAAUAUCGAGCAAAGGCACUGCUGUGUUUCCGACCAAAUUGGAAGGGUUUCCUUGUGGAUGAAACCCCCGUGAGAAUGGAUGCCACAGAAGCGGUGAAGCGCCUUAUUCAUGUCGUGGAUUGUCUUUCAUAUGUUUCGAUAGAAGAACAAGGUUACUUUAAGAAUAAAAGGCCUACCAAUUUUAAUGUCCAAAAGGUGUUAUGGGACCUUCUGAAACCCAAGAUGGAGGACAACGUUUCCACCUUGGAAAAAUUUCAAGAUGGAUCAAGUAACCACGUGUCUGCGGUAGUUUCAUCUCUAGCUAUCCUUCUUAUGGUGGAUAAGUAUGCAAUAAAGCUGAAAAGAGAGGAAAUCAACACAAUUCUUAGAUGCCUAGCCCUACAAGCCGAUGCAGCUGAACAAAAGUGUUCAGCUUAUGAAGCAGUGCUCACUGAGUUUGACGCCGAGCUCAGACAAUAUGCUCUCUGCACCAUUGGAAGAUUUUGUAAUGAUUCAAUGAAGCAAGCUUCCAAUCCUGAGUGGCUUUUGGCCAUGCCGCUGCUACAUUUCUUGCGUGGAGACUCAAAGCCUUUCGAGGAACCUGAUGUCGGAGAAUUUCCGGAAACCUUGGAUUGGUGGGGAGCUCGGGGACUAGCAAUAAAGGAGUUUCAGUGGUCUGAGAAACAGGUUUAUACAGAUGUUUGGCCUCGUCUUGUCGCAGCUUUCCAAGUUGAUCUUUUGCUGAAAAGAACCGUUCUCCGCGCACUCCCUUUUUGGGCUCUGCUUAACCUUAUCCCAGAUAGAAUGUUUGACGUUUCCGACGUUUGCGUUGCUUUGGUCACGUCGUUUCCUCGUGGAAAUUUGAACAAUGAAAAGAAAAUCUUUAUCGAAAAGUGCAUUCUAUCUCUGAACAAUAUUCUGGAGGGUGCAAGCGAAACAAUCAGUUCCAACAUGAAGAUUAUGAAGUUCAGAGUUUCUGCAAGUUUGGAGCUGGUCAAUGUUUGCCUCGACAGUCUCCGUUACCGAGAGGGUAUUAAAUUGAUUUGCCAUGCAAUUAAGCUGCUAUUUACAGGCAUGCAACAGUGUCAACAUGCUAUUGAAGAAAGUCAAACUGAGAACAUAGACAAGCUUCAAGAAAUAGAAACUCUCAAAAAAGACCACCUGGAUGAACUUUGGGUGAAGCUCAAAAGUUAUCUGGAAUCAAAACUUGACUGGAAGAUGCCCGACAACUACCAAAAUGAAGCUCUUCCAAGGGAACUUGAGGUUUGGAGUAUGUUGCUUAAAGUCACAGAUGGCACUCAAGGAUUUGAAGGGUACCGGAAGUACUUGACAGAGCAUUUCAUGGAGCGCGCAAAAAAGCCUAACCUAAAACUAGGAGAAAAAAUAACAUAA